AAGUUAUUCUGUACCUUAGCUUUGAAAUGUUUUGAUAAUUUGAUAUCCUUGCUCGCUGUGUACAAUACUGGAGCUGCCACCUUGCCAUGGUGGGGUAGAUUGCACAUUUUUGUGAUGUGUCCCUGUGGGCUGUAACAACAGCAACCAAAUUUAGGCUCUUGCAGGUUUAACAAUCCAGCCGUGCCAAUAAUCACAGUAAUAUUUACCCUCUUGUUUAUUAUUGCUUUAUUUGACAGGAGGAAGCACACAGUACCUUUAGGAAAUGAAGUUGAUUUUUACAUUCAUAGGCUGUCUGUUGAUAAAGCCUGAAAUCUGUUACAAAUGGAGAUACUGAGGAGCUGAACAUGCACUACGGAAAAACAAAUGCUAAGAGAAAGGGAUAAGGGUGUAAAAUAGAGAAAGAGUGGUGGUUAGAGAGAGGAAGAGACAGCGAGAACUAAGACAGAAAAAGACAAGUAUAUAUGCUUAGGGAGGUAAAAAUAAGAACUUUAGAUAGAUGGAGAGAAUGUAGAAGAGCGAGGGGGAGCAAAUACAUUGGUGUCAGUGCAGCCACUUCCUGUGAUCAGAGAGAGAGAGAGAGCCCUCUAGAGCUAGCGCCCAUCAUUCAGCCCAGGACCAAAAGAGAGGGAUCAUCACCCGUGUCCUUGCAGAGAAAUAGAGAAAAGAGGAUGACCAUUAUAUGGAGGACAGGUGUCAUGCUGAUGCUGAUGUUUUUUUCUUCUGCAGAGGCUUCAUUGAAUGAACCGGUCAUCUGCUACAUACUGGACGGAGUCCUGAUUCUCUACUCCAUCAUCACCACCGUUCUAUUCUUCAAAGUGAAGUGGGGCAAGUCUGUAACUGCACCUGUGGAGGACUCCACAUAUGCAGAACUCCUGACGGGUACUAUUGCUGACGACUAUGAGGAUCUAAGGACUGACCAGACUGCAGCUACUAGACGGAAGCGCAGACAGGAAGCUAGUAGCGACACAUACCAGGCCCUCCAGAUAAAGGAUGAUGGGAGUGAGGCCUACCAGGUGAUCGAGUCCAAGGGGAGGACUCGCAAGAAGGACAAGAAAGCCAAGGUCUCCCAGCCUCUCAGUGCAAACACCCAGACUCAGACCCGGCCCUCCGCCCUGCCACCACCUCCAAACUGAUCUGACCCAGUCAGCCCUCGGCACAGAGGCAGCUGUUUACUACUCCUGAGCUCAACUCCCUGCUCUGUUAUUGCAUGUUACAAAUCAGCAGAAACGUGUGCUUAUCUUAUCUAUGUGUAUUAUCAUGUCAUUUGUUAACUUUAUUGACUGCUUUCUGUGCCCUUUAUGGCUGUAUGUGGUAAUGUUGAUAUUUUGAACAUAAUAAAAGACACAGUACACGUUCCAAUGUUAAAACACUUGGAAAAUGGUUUAAUGAUGUUUACAACUAAAGAGAACUGUACAGUUACAGUAAAAUAUUGUUUAUAUAUAUAUAUAAACAAAUAAAAUACAGCAGACAAAUGCAUCAAAUCUA